AUGGACUACUAUAUGGAUUCUGAUCUGAUAGAUGCCGUCAGCUGGUUGGCUGGCGAAUUUAGUCAACUGAUCGAAGAUCCUUUCUCAGAUUACGAAAAUGAAUACCCAAUUGUAACAAUAACUAAGACGUCGAGUGAGUUUAUACCGUGUUGGAGCUCAAUUGAGCUGAAGAAUGACGAGAUAGUAAUGUCGACAAGUGUUCCCAAAUUUACAGUGAAUGAAGAGAUUAAUAAAAAAAUAUACGUCGGUUCAUGCGACAUUCUUUCUCUGGAAGUGGAUUCAAUAGCUGUGUUUUUGGAAGAGUCGAACAAAUAUAAGUCAAAACUGGCAAAAAGAGUCGUAAUACAGAGUGGUGGGCAGAUCGACUAUGACCGAAUACUGAGGUUGAGGUCAGGAGAGUCACUUUUGGCGCGCGUGUACAAUGUCGGAACCGACAACGUCAUCUUCGCCAUGGUCUCACACUUCUCGUCCAAGUACCACGAGGCCUCAAGUAACAUACUUAACAUGACGAUAAGGGAUUGCCUAAAGUCGGCAAUAGAGAAGGGAAUUGAAGUGAUAGCGUUCCCAGUAUCGAUUGACGAUGACGUCUACUAUCCGAUGCUGCAGUUCCUAGACACACUUCUGAGGACGCUGAGACGCUGGCUUGAGCUCCCGGAGAUAAACUCGAAGAUAAGGAGGAUCUACCUUAUAACACACGUCGCGAGUUCGUACGACGAUAGCACAGUCAGCUCGUCGAGAAGCCUUAACUGUAUGCAGGUGGUGGGAAGCAAGGACAACAGCAAGAACCUGUUCAACCUGCUGAGGAGGUACUUCCCCAAGAACAGCUACGACGAGUUGCUGAGCGCCGAUUUGACCACGUCUGGAGAUGUGAACGGAGAAAUAUCGUCGGAGGAGAGGAAGAUAAGGAUAUCAGGAGGGUUUGAAAGCCACAGCUCGAAGCCGCUGCUUAACCUGGGAGAAAGUCUGAGAGUGUCGAAUGACUCCAAAAGCACCCAGGAGGACUCGGACUACGCGUACUACCUGAAGCUGUCGUACUCGAUCUCGAGGCUGCCGAUUUACAAGGAAUUUGAAAGAAGCAAGUUCGUAGUCAGGUGCGGAAACGACAGGGAAAAGAGACCAGUCAUCGCAAUAAACGCCAAAAGCUUUAACACGGCAGAGUACACGUACUCGCUGUGUUACAUUCUGGGAGUGAUAAAGCCGUUUAUACAGCACAAAUUCGUAAUUGCAGUGGUGAAUUUGGAUCACUCAAUGAUCAAUUCCACCACGCUGCUGAAGCUGCUGAGGGACCUGUGCGAAGUUUUCGGGGAGAAGCGGACCAAGAACAUCGCGGCCAUCUACUUCCACAGGUGUAGCUGGGCGCUGCGCAGCUACCUGUUCCUGAUUUCCACGUUCCUGCCCACAGAGGUCUGGGAUGCAGCAGUUUUCGUGGACUCAUUCAAGGAAAUCGCACACUUGGGCCUGGACCCGUGCGACUUUUAA